AGCCGCCGCCGCCGCUCCACAGUCGAAGACCUCCGUUCAGCCAUCGACCCUCCGUCGCUCCACAGUCGAAGACCUCCGUUCAACCAUCGACCCUCCGUCGCUACUCCACAGUCGAAGACCUCCGUUAAGCCAUCGACCCUCCGUCGCUACUCCACAGUUGAAGACCUCCGUCGCUAAUCCACAGCUCUAAAACCCUAAACCUCAAAUUCCAUCAAAAUUCUGGAGAAGAAAUGGCGUUUAGAUCCAAGGAAAUGAUGAAAAAGAUAGUGAAGAAUAUAGGUGGAGAGAAGAACUUGGCAUCUGGAGUUAAUGAACGGCUUGAUAAAUGCGUGCCAAAUGCAAAAGUUGUCAUGGGUCGUGCUCAGCGUGGCCUCUUCGCUGGCCGUCACAUUCAGUUUGGCAAUCGGGUCAGUGAGAAAGGUGGAAAUACGUCUAGGAGGACUUGGAAGCCUAAUGUGCAAGAGAAACGGCUUUUCAGCUACAUCCUAGAUCGCCAAAUUCGUGUGAAGGUUACAACUCAUGCCUUGCGAUGUAUUGACAAGGCAGGUGGUAUUGAUGAGUACCUGCUGAAGACACCUUACCAUGAGAUGGACACUGAAUUAGGCCUGUUCUGGAAAGCUAAGAUUGAGAAGUUGUACGAGGAGCUUGGGAAAAUGGAGGUAGUUUUCUUUACACCCGAAGAAGAAACAAAACUUGAAGAGCAAUUUAAGGAAGUGAAGUUGGAAGAAAGAGCAGCCCGUAGGGAAGCCAAAAGGAAGAUGUAUGGUUGAUCACCAAAAUUCGAGGUAAAAGCAGAUUCUGAAGGAACUGACGGAGAAGUAAGCUUACCAACUGAUUUCCAUGAAGGGAUGGUCGCCAAUGCUUGAAAACACAGUGAAAAUGUUGUUGGCUUCCGAGGUACUUGCUGAUAUUGAAGGGCUUCUUUUGUUGGUCGUAGUGUCUUCUUAUUCCUGAUAUUUAUUCAUAUCCAUGAAGUUUGCCUAGCAUCUGCUUUAGUGUAAUGUUUUUCUGGAUAUAUAAUAACCAGAAAUUCUGCAACUAUCGCAAUACUAUGUAGUUGACUUAAUUGAAUUACUCAUCAGUACUCAACUUUCAAGUGUUCAAUGCUCAUCCCAAGGAUACAAAGAAGAAACACGAUUUUUUAUGACUA